AUCUGUUUCACUUCACUUUCACACUCCUGCUGUAAAUACUGGCACUUGAAACAGUCGACACAAUGUUCGUUUUUCUUGUGCUCUUUGCGGCCUCUGUAACGUCAGCUUUUCGCCUGUCUGAGCAAGACGAGUUUCACUUCAAGUCAUGGAUGGCACAGUACAACAAAGGUUACAACUUGAAGGAGUACUACCAAAGACUGCAGAUAUUCACAGAGAACAAGAAGAGGAUUGACAAACACAAUGAAGGAAACCACUCGUUCACAAUGGCACUGAACCAAUUUUCAGACAUGACAUUCAGUGAAUUUCGAAAGUCCUUCCUCAUGUCUGAGCCUCAGAACUGCUCUGCCACCAAAGGGAACUACUUCAGCAGCAAUGGGCCGCUACCAGACUCCAUCGACUGGAGAAAGAAAGGGAAUUAUGUGACACCAGUGAAGAAUCAGGGAGGCUGUGGUAGUUGCUGGACGUUUUCCACCACUGGCUGUUUGGAGUCUGUAACUGCCAUCAACAAGGGGAAGCUUGUACCGCUGUCAGAACAACAGCUGGUAGACUGCGCUCAAGAUUUCAACAACCAUGGAUGCAAUGGAGGUCUUCCCAGUCAAGCAUUUGAAUACAUCAUGUACAACAAGGGACUGAUGACCGAGCAGGACUAUCCAUACACGGCUUUUGAGGGUAAGUGUGUGUACAAACCAGGAAGGGCCGCUGCUUUUGUGAAUAGUGUGGUGAACAUAACAGCAUACAAUGAGAUGGAGUUGGUGGACGCUGUCGGGACACACAAUCCUGUCAGCUUUGCUUUUGAGGUGACCUCUGACUUUAUGAGUUACCACCAGGGUGUGUACACCAGCACUGAAUGCCACAACACCACCGACAAAGUGAACCAUGCAGUUCUGGCUGUCGGCUAUGGACAAGAAAAUGGUACUCCUUACUGGAUAGUAAAGAACUCAUGGGGAUCGAGUUGGGGCAUGAACGGGUAUUUCCUCAUUGAACGUGGGAAGAACAUGUGUGGACUUGCUGCCUGCGCAUCAUUCCCAGUGGUGUGAUUAUUACAUGUUUGCACAUUACAGAAGGGCUGACGAUGAAGCCAGUUCAUUUUUAUAUUGUUUGUACAGAGUUUGUUUUAAAAUCAGCAGCCUGUGCAUCUACAGAUGUGUUUUUCCAAAAAGGGAAGAGGUUUUAACCCCCAUUCAAGCACUAUGACAGAAAGAUCCAGGUCACUACACUAUGAAAUAAAUGUAACUGAAAUGAUCAUUUCAUUGAAAAUCAUUCAAACUGUUUUGAUUAAAUU